CCGCGGCGGGUAGCCCCUUCUUUCGGUCCUCUGUUUGUUUCUCCAGAUUUUACUCGCGUUUUCUUCAAUUCUUUGUCCAUAACUACCUACCUAUCUUGAAUACUCAAGUGCAGGAUACUUGAGAACUUACCACCGCAACAAUGGCCACCGCUGAAACGCAAAACCCUCCCGCCGAGGCCCCCGCGCCGGCGCUCCCCGACUACGUCCUGGACGAGGAUGCCGUGCUCAAAGACACCGACGUGAACUGGCGCCACGGCCGGGCGCCCGACUACUCCAAGACCCGCAAGAUCUACUCGGAAACAAAGCACGCCAACCACCAAGCCGGCUCGCUCCCGGACCUCGUCGAGAAGCUGGUCAAGAACUGGGAGAUCGAGGCUAGCUACAAGGUGGACCUGAAGGACUGGCGCACCAUCGACCCGUCGUCGUACACCUUCUCGGUCAACGGCGGCCCGCCGCAGACGGGCGAGCACAUGCUGACGGUCGGCACUUACAACGCCAUCAUCGAGGGCAACGAGUACUACUGCCCCAUGCGCUCCAGCUUCGACGCCUCCCACAAGACCUUUAAGCGCAUGAUGCCCACCUUCGCCUGGGAGGUGAUUGAGGUCUACUCCGGGCCUCCCAAGGUUGCUUUCAAGUGGCGCCAUUGGGGGACCAUGAAGGAGGAUUAUACCGGGUUGAACAACAAAGGGGAAAAGGUCACAAUCAAGGCGCACGGCGGGGAGAUCGACAUCGAAGGCCUUGUGGUGGCCGAGGUGAACGACAAGCUGCAGCUCCGCAACGUCGAAGUCUUCUUCGACCCCAUGCUCAUGUUCCGCCAAAUGGCCCCGGAUGGGGAGACGGGUGUGACCAAGGUCAAGGCUGACGACGCAUAAAUGAGCCACGGAGGGUGAUGUAAAGAACUUUGGCAAGAAUUGAACAAAUCAGACAAAAGCUCAGCUGUUAA